CGUGAAUAGUUGUAUUGUCUACCGUGCAAUGCAGUUCCCUUGCUUCCGCAUACUGCACUUGUUACUUCCGACGGAGUACUCGUGCUCCUCAGGUGCUCACCAAACCGGCCCGGGCCAAUGAUAGCCGUGAUUCGCGGAGAAAUUGCGCCUUUCCAUUAUUUCUCACCUGCAGGUGUCUGACAAAUUCUAGUUCUUUCCCUCAGCUCUUCCGACUGUACUGUGAACUGAAUUAUUGAAAUUUAAAUGGCGCCCAUCAAGACACAAUGGACACGUCUGAUUCGGUUCGUAGCCAUCGAGACUUCGCGUGUGCACAUCGGUGAGCCUGUGGAUGCUUUGUUGGAUGUGGGCUUGGCUGCCCACGAAGGCAAGACUAUCAAGGCGUAUGAAAUCGUCGGUUCUGCGUUAGACCCUGCCGCUCAGGUUUCGAAGAACAUACUUACCGUGAAGCAACUCUUGACGCCUCUGGCCGCAGAAGAAGUCAAGGUGGUUCGAUGCUUGGGGCUGAAUUAUUCGGAUCACGCUGCCGAGGCGAAGAUGGCUAAACCAAUGUAUCCGGUUUUGUUCUACAAACCCGUCAACUCUCUCAUCGGACCUCUGGCACCCAUCGUUAUCCCAACGGCUGUUCAGCCCCCGAAGGAGCACCAGUCAGACUAUGAAGUCGAGUUCACUAUCGUGAUUGGAAAACCCGCGAAGGAUGUAUCGGAGGAGGACGCUCUGGACUACGUCCUCGCAUACACCGGGGCGAAUGAUGUAUCGUUCCGAAAACACCAAAUGAUCGUUUCGCAAUGGGGAUUCUCUAAAAGCUUCGAUAACACAAAUCCAUUGGGACCCUGUCUGGUCUCUGCAUCUGCAAUCCCUGACCCUCAAGCCGUGUCCCUCAAAUCCAUUUUGAAUGGAACGCUUGUACAAAACGGGACUACUGCCGACCAGAUCUUCAAUGUCAGGCAAACAAUUGCCCACCUAUCCCAAGGCACUACGCUAGAGCCGGGUUCAAUUAUCUUAACAGGUACACCUGCUGGUGUCGGAUUUGUCCGCAAGCCACCCUUGUAUCUCAAAGACGGCGACAACAUUUCGGUGUGGGUAGGGAACGGUAUUGGUACACUUGUAAACGAUGUGCAGGAGGCGAAGGCCCCAGUCAAAGCAAAACUGUAACAAUCUACACUCGCAAUAAUGUAUCUGACCAAUGAAAUAUUGCUGGGA